AUGGCUGGAGAAGUACGUGACCAGCAACCAAAUCCUUGGAGGAACCAUCUUGAUGAGCCGCCUUUGGACGAGGUCCAAGACCGCAUACCACGAGAAGGCCUUGGACCGGAGCUUAACCGAGCCGAUAGGCUACACCGAGGAGACUUAGGCGAUCACCAAGGAGGGGAGAACCAAGAGACCGUUGGAGACAGUGACUCUAGACCAGAGCUUCUCCAAAGCCGUAGCCCUAUCCGGACUUACGAGGGCCACCAGUUUGAGAUCAAGCCGCGAGUCAUCGCUUUGGUAAAACAAAGUCAAUACCACGGGCUUAUUGAAGAAGAUCCGUUGGAUCAUGUCGAUUCUUUUGAAGAAUUGUGCAGCACAACUAGUGCAAAUGGAGUCCCGGGCGACUACUUGAGAUGCCGGCUCUUUACUUUACCUUGGCGGGAAAAGCGCUCAAGUGGCUCAAGUCUCUCCCGUCUCGCUCAAUCACUACAUGGAUGGAGUUCAAGAAAGCUUUUCUUGAAACUAGAUGAACGCCUUCACCCGGGCACUACAGUCCAUCGCGGUACCCGGUUCAUCCUCCCAUCUAUUGGCCUUACUGGCGCACCAUGCCAAUGUCUGGUUGGAUCCCAUAUCGUCAUAUGGUACCAUACUCGGCCAAGGCAGCUGACCAGGUUAUCCUCCGAGUCUUCCUCCCUUCAUGCACAGCCUCCACGCUGCCAAUCCGGUUGGGCUCUGACGUGCGAGAAUGCGCUUGACUACACCUUCCUAAACAACAUGUGGUUAGACACGCCACUUGUCCUCCUCCAGAUGUGA